UUAGACAAUCACAUUCUCGCAUAUCGUCGCUAUUAUUGUCACAAGGAUAAAAGUUACAUUAUACUAGGCGGACUAGGUGGAUUUGGCUUAGAGUUAACCGACUGGCUGAUAUUUCGAGGCGCUAGGAACGUUGUACUGAUUUCACGAACUGGAAUAAAAAACGGUUACCAGCGUAUGAAAGUUCAAUUGUGGAAGUCGUAUGGUGUAAAUGUUCUGAUUAUCAAGGACAUUGAUGUCGCUAACAUUCAGGACUGUGAAUAUCUUUUGCGAACUGCGGAAAAAGAAGGACCAGUGGACGCGAUAUUCAAUCUUGGUGUUGUAUUGAAAGACAGUGUCCUGAAAAAUCAAACUGCUGAAACCUUUGCGGAGUCCUUC